AUGGCCUUCCUCGCCCACAUCAAAGCCCUUUUCCCUCCCUCCGACGCUGGAUCUGUGCCCUCUACCUUGUGGGCGAUCAUUGCAGCCGUCGCGUUCAGCUCCGCCAACGUUCCGGAAGCCGUCCCAGCGGUCUUCAAGUCUGCCCUGGAAGACCUCGACGAACAUGAUCCGCAGGAGCAGAUCAUCUUCUCGCGCAAGAUGCGAGAAGCUGUUCUGAUGUCUGGGCUCUUGAGCGGGAUGCCGCGAGCCAUCAACAGCCUAGUUGCACUGCGCGAUGCCACGCCUGAGCAUCUACGCGAAUCGAAGCCGCUGCGAGACACGGCUCGGCCCCCAGCCGAAUGGGAUAAACGCGGCGACGAGGUCUUCCGCGCCGUGUACCGCGACUCGGCAGAUUCGGUUCAGAAGCUGCUGUACGACGCCUACCCCGACCUAGGCUGGUUCGCGACGACGGUCGGGUACGGGAUGACGUACGGCGGCACGGACGUGCUCUCCACGCGCGAGCUCGUCUACGUCCAGGUCGCCGCGCUCGUCGCGGUGGACGCGCCGCGGCAGGUCGGCUGGCACCUCGCGAACGCGCGGGCGGGCGGGGCGUCCGCGGCGGAGGUGCGCGCGGUACGGCGCAUCGCGAUGGACGUCGCUGCGCGCGCGGGCGUCGUGUGGAGGCGGGGCGUGCCGGACUUGGAGGACGCUGAUAGGGGAGGAGGAGACGGGUGA